AAGUUAAGGCACCUACCUCGGAUCCUCGAAUUGACAACAUGGAGAAGUAUCUUCAAAGCCUCGCUUUAACCGUGUCCACCCUCCAUGAAACGGUCAAGGGCGUACAUUCAAUCCAAGCUUCUCUCAAAUGCCUUGAGACACAAAUGGGACAACUUGGGACGUCCAUUGAUGAGAUGCAAAGAGACAACAAGAAGAACCGACUCCCGAGUCAACCCGAGCAAGCCCAAGCCGUGACGGUCUUACGAAGUGGUAAAGUGGUGGAUAAUCGAGUUGAGAUGCCUAAUGAUGUGAUGGUUGAGGAUGUUGAUGAAAAGGAUGACGAGGAGGAGUUGAAUGUUAUGACGGAUCCCGGGAAGAACAUAAAGGUGAUGAUUGAGGAGGAACCGAAGGAGAAAACCAAACCCGAUAGCCUUGAUACCUUGCACAAAUCGGCUACACCAUACCGCCCACCGGUACCUUACCCGAGUAGACUUCAAGACACCAAGAGGAACCGCCAAUUCAAGGAUCUAUUCGACAUGCUUUCCAAG